AUGGCUAUCUCCAUGAUCAUCUUUUUACCAAAUCUUCUUAUGUUCGUCUUUCUUUUCUUCACCACCUCUUCUGCAGCUUCCUCUAAAUACGAUCACCAAACCGCUUACGCUGAUCACUGUGCUUCAUUUGUUCCCCAGUCUUUCCCGAAAGGUUUUGCGCUAGGACCGCCCUACGAACACCUCCUCACAGGUUACUACACCGGUGGCGGUGGCAGUGGCAUUCUAAGUCCUAUCUCAUCGUACAAUCAUAGUGAAAACUCUGUUCAAUUCUUUAUCUUGAAGACUAGAGAAACUGAUGUUCCAGGCUUGAUCAAGAUUCAAGGGACUUUACUAUUUCCGGGUACAUAUUACUUUGUGGGGAAUUCUUCCACCACAAGGAACAGUUUCUCAUCUGGUUCAGUUCCUCGUCCAGGAAGAUCAAUACGUUUUAAACUUGGUGGGUUCUGGUUACAAUCUUCCGGGCAGAUUUGUAUGGUUGGUUUCGGUUAUGGUAACUCAAAAGGACGAAGUUAUUUGCUCAACAUUCAUCCUAUUUUUAAGCUCUACAACUUCAUGAAUUCCACUAGUGUCACGAGUUUGAUUACCGGAACUUUGGGGAACAUGAUCAGUUCCAAGAAUGAUCCAGAUUAUUUUGAACCUAUCUCUAUUUUGAUGCUUCCUGGUAUGAACUACCAGUACACUCUGAUUUCAAAUAGUUCUGAAAACAUAAGUACUUCUGGUGGAAGUGAUAAUUCCAAUCCCACAAGUUCCUUGAAUAUAAAGAGAUUUUGUUCUGUACUCUCAAGAGAAGUGCGAAAUCAUGCAUUUGAUCUCAAAUACUCAAGCCGGUGCUCUCCUGCCAAGAACUGCACUCCUUUGAUUGCAUCUGGUUUGGCUCGUGUUGUUUCGUUGAAGCCUAUCGAGUGUCUGAAAGAUGCGAAAAGGUUGAGAUUUCUGGUGGAAUUUGUAGACAGCAGCAACGUCUGGUAUCGAAGGCCAUUCGAUCCAAAUACAACUUUGACUGGAGAAGGCUCAUGGGAUGCAGAGAAAAAUCAGCUGUCUUGUGUUGCAUGCCGAUUCUUGGAUGCAGCAGGUUCUUGGAACAAUACUCAUGUUGGUGAUUGUUCAACAAGAAUUACCUUGAGGUUUCCUGCAGUAUGGACAAUCGGAAAGACAAGUAGCAUGGCAGGGGAGAUUUGGAGCAACAAAAGUGUGACAGAGUCGGGUUACUUUGAGAAGAUCAUGUUCGAAAGUCCUCAGGAUGACAUUGGAAGGGUUCUGAUUCCUGGUGUGAAGUAUGAGUACACCAAAACCAAACAAGUAAGCAAUUUGUGCCCAAAAAAGAAGACUGCUCAUCGCAAGACCAACGUAUACCCAAGUCCGUUUUCUUAUGACAUGAGUUUUGAUAUGUCAGCUAAGAAUUCUAAACGACAAGCUGCGUGGGGUAAUUCUGUCCCGAUUUCUGUUGGCAAUCAAUUUUAUCGGGCAUAUUGGUAUUCGAUGCAAGAUGUGAAUUCGAUGGCAAGCACUGAAUCUGAAUCUGAAUCUGUAGCUCCUGACAGCUCUCCUGUGAGAUACAGCUUCAACCACAGCAAUCCGUUCAAUAUUAGCUACAAAAUAAGCACCCACCGGCUAUCUGAUGCAAAGUUUGGAAAUACAUCAGUUUUAAAUGAAAUGCAGAUCUUUGCCGAAGGGAUCUAUGAUGAAACCGAAGGCAGCCUGUGCAUGAUAGGCUGCAGAAAACUGGUCUCAAAGGGUCAGCAGCCAACAAAUGAUUCUGUAGAUUGCGAAAUUGCUGUCAAUUUUCUGUUCCCUCCAACGUAUCCAAACAACAAUUCGGGAUUCAUCAAGGGCAGCAUAAAAAGCACACGAGAAACGUCAGACCCUCUUCAUUUUGAAACUUGGGUUUUAACCUCAGCUUCCUUCACCCUCUUCAAAGAAAGGCGGUCCAUUUGGAGGAUGGAUGUGGAGAUCAUAUUGGUUCUUAUAUCCACCACGCUGGCGUGCUUCUUUGUGGCACGACAACUCUUCCAUGUGAAAAAGUAUCCAGAUGUUCUUCCCUCCAUUUCCAUUUUCAUGCUACUAAUUCUAAGUCUUGGCUACAUGAUACCACUUAUGCUAAACUUCGAAGCCAUAUUCAUGAGUAGCACCAACCGCCAAAAUGUGUUCCUUGGAACCGGAGGAUGGCUUGAAGUUAAUGAGGUAAUUGUGAGGGUGAUAACAAUGGUAGCGUUCUUGCUGCAAAUCCGUCUUCUGCAGCUAACUUGGUCAGCAAGAUCAAAAAAUGGAAAUCGCAACAAGCUCUGGCUCAUGGAGAAAAAGACUCUCUUUGUGGCCUUACUACUAUAUGUUGCAGGGGCUUUCACAGCUUUGCUUCUGCAUGAACAUAUUUGGAAGAAGAGCUAUUAUGCGGAGCACUCAAUUUUUAGCAUUGCCUUCAAAUCUUAUGCUGGUUUGGUUUUGGACGGCUUUUUGCUGCCUCAAAUUGUGCUCAACAUGUUCUGCAAAUCAAAGGAAAAUGCUCUGACCAUUUCGUUCUAUGUAGGAACUACUUUUGUUCGAGCGCUGCCACAUGCAUACGAUCUUUACAGGGCUCGCAACUUUGCUCAUCACCAAUUUAAUGAGUCGUACCUGUAUGCAAGCCCUGCAGCAGAUUUUUACUCCACUGCUUGUGAUGUCAUAAUUCCUUUUGGGGGUUUAGUGUUUGCUGGUGUCAUUUUCUUGCAGCAGAAGUUUGGGGGCCGUUGCAUUCUCCCCCAAAAGUUGAUAGAGUUGGGUGAAUAUGAGAAGGUCCCUACUGCUACUGAAGGGUAA